UCAGUGGAGACAACGACCACCUGUAACUUUACAAACACCAGCAGAGAGCAAGACCGUUUAGAACUAUAGGUCGGCAUCCUGAUCUUCAGCAGAGGCACAAUAGAGACAAAUUCUUUCUGACCUGAACCUCCAGCAGAGCCUGAGGAGCCUUCGAACUGUGAAAAACAGACCAAACUCUGAAAGAUCUGCAGAAAGACCGGAUCUGAAGAAGAGCAAAAAAGAACAUCUGAACUAAAGAAGCAGAAGAGUUCAGCAUGUUUUCAACAUCAAACUUCUCCAAAGUGAUGGCUGCCUGUGCUGUGGCAGUUAUAAUGAUGAUGAUGAUGAUGGAGGCUGCAGCCAUGCCAAAACACUCGAAGACACACAAAAAGUCUGAUGGUGCAGCAGUAGAAACAGUCCCCCUGCAGCUGGACCUCAACUCUUUUGUUCCUGCAAGAAACAUCAGACCACUGGAGAACGCCUCCAUUUCCCCAUGGACAUACAACAUCUCCCAUGAUGACUCCCUGUUCCCCCCGGUGCUGUCGGAGGCUCGCUGUUUGCUGCAAGGCUGUCUGGACUCACAGGGUGUGGAGGAUCGGAACCUGGAGUCCAGACCUAUCUUGCACCAGGUGCUGGUGCUGCGGAGGGUCAGGUCUGCAGGUGCAGGGGACGGGCACAACUACCACUACAAAUUGGAAUCCCGCCUCAUCGCUGUGGGCUGCACCUGUGUCCGACCCAUAGUCCACACACCCCAACAAUGAAGACCAGAUCAGUUCUUGCUUUCUAUCAAGUCAAAUAAUGGCAGACAUACUAACUUCAUUUAUGUAACACAACAAAAAUAAGGUAGAGAGUUGACGCACAACUAAAAUGCAGAGAACAGAUAGAGGUAAAUAAAUAGGAUUAAAUAUGUAAUACACUUUCAAAGUGAUUUUCAGAUUUCAGAAUAUUUUGCCUUUGUUUAUAGUAACGUGAUUAACUGAAGAGAAUAUAAUGUAAAAUGUAAAUAACUUCAGAUUUAACUGAGUGCACUGAGGGAAGAUAAUGUUGGAUUCAGACGUAAACCUGUGAGUCAUCUGCAUAUGAACAGAGACUGAUAUCGUUUUUCGAGAUAUUUAGGCAACAUGGUAAAUACUGUGGCUGUUUUAAUUAGUUUUAAUUAGUUGCUUAUAUCUUAUGAUUUAUACUUAGUCACAGUUACAAGAUAACUCAUAAGAAUCUCAUUAUUUCUGACUUCAUUACUGGAUUUGAAUUGAUUUGAUGAUGUGAGGUGAAAGUUUGCUGCUCUGUGAACCACUGGAUUUUAAUUAAUCUUUUUAUUUUCAAUAUAUAUAUUUUUUCUCCAAACAGAAAAAGGAGAAACUACACAACCAAAGUGACUCUGGAUAUGAAGUUUAAAUGCAAACAAAGAUUAUUAUUCAAUGUGUUUCAUAUACUUUGUUCUAUUUAUGGUUAAAGUUAAUUUAAAUAGUGUUUUAUUUAAGUGUUAUGAUCUUCAGUAGGUAUUUAUUGGUGAUGUUAGUGUAUUUAUACAGUUCAAUAAAGAGAAUGAAAAAAGAA